AAGAAAAUGAUGAUGAAAAGAUAAAAAAGAAAAAAGAGAAUAAGAAAAAGGUGAACAAGAAAAAAGAGAACAAGGAAAAGAAAGACAAAGAAGAAAAAAACAAGGAAGAAAUAAAUGAAGAAAAGGUAAAUGAAUAA